AUGUUCAGAUCAGCUUCAAGGGCUGUGCUCCGCCAGACGCAGCCCUUCCGGAUUGCGCACCGCCAGACAGGGCAAAGAUUCAUAAGCACAGCUCCUCCGUCGCAAAAAUCGCGGAGUUGGAAGAGUACAGCAGUGAGAUGGGGUCUCGCUGUAGCUGCAGUGUAUUACUACAAUACAAGCACGGUCUUUGCCGAGCAACCUUCCCAGGCAGUCGCUCUUGAGCAGCCUUCACAGAAAGAAAACGACGACGACUCCUCUCUACCAACCAUUGAAUCCGUUGCUGCUGCUAAGAAACGAAAACCUGCGCCCCGUGCUCUCAGCCCUUCGACUUCCCAAACGUCAGACUCCGACCAUGAACUUGAGGAAUCCCCCCACUCCCAAACGCCGCAGCUCACUGGGGCAAUAGCAGAAACCGAAGAAUCAGGCCCAGCCGAUGCUCAACCUCUUCAGCUUUCUGCUUCCGAAUUGGAAGAGGAAGCUGGUCAGGAAGGCGCGUUCAAUCCCGAGACGGGUGAGAUCAACUGGGACUGUCCCUGCUUAGGCGGUAUGGCGCAUGGGCCAUGCGGUGAAGACUUCAAGGAGGCGUUCAGUUGCUUCGUAUACUCUACGGAGGAGCCGAAGGGCAUGGAUUGCAUUGAUAAGUUCAAGAAUAUGCAAGACUGCUUUAGACUCCACCCAGAGAUAUACGGUUCUGAGUUGGACGAAGACGAAGUCGAUGAGCAGCUCAAGGAGCAUAUCGCUGCCGAGGAUGCAAAGUCCCAAUCUUCGUCAAACCCCACUACUUCUGAUGCGCCAGUGUCAGAGCAUGAGGAGAGGAAGAGUCUCGAGGUGGAGGACGUUCAGCAAGUACCAAUAGAAGGGAAGAAGUCAGAAGGGAAGCCUGAGGAGUAA